AUGAACAUCGGUAUCGCUAAUCAACUUGCACUAUUUUUAUUCUGCUCAUUUAUACCAGUUGUGUGUUCCAUUCUUCUUCGCGAUCCUGCAUCGUUCCAUCCCAACUACAGUUUGCUAAAAAAGGGAUACAGUGCCCCUAACUACAAGUGGUCUGAAGAAUGGUUCGAUCAAAUGCCUAUUGAUCACUUUUCAUUCACUGACAAUCGAACAUUUCGUCUGAGGUAUCUGAUAAACGUUGAUUAUUUCAAAGCAUACGGACCAAUCUGUUUCUACACCGGCAAUGAAGGCAGUAUUGAUGGAUUUGCUACCAAUACGGGUUUUAUGUGGGAUAUCGCCGCUGAGUUCAGUGCUGCGAUUGUGUUUGCUGAACAUCGAUUCUAUGGUAAAACACAACCGUUUGGUAACGAAAGUUAUGCGAAUGUCAACAAUUUGGGAUAUUUGUCCUCGGAACAGGCGUUAGCCGAUUUCGCGCAGAUUAUUCGUUUCCUUCGUAAUGAAAGACUUGAAAAUGCACACAAUUCUACCGUAAUCGCAUUCGGUGGAUCGUACGGUGGAAUGUUGGCUGCAUGGAUCAGAAUCAAAUAUCCUCAUCUUGUUGAAGGCUCAAUAGCAGCAAGCGCUCCUGUAUUCUGGUUCCCUGAAACGACUGUGCCUGAAGAUGUCUUCGAUCAUAUCGUUCAGAGAUCAUUUGUGAAUGCUGGCUGCAAAGCGGACAGUAUUUUGGCCGCAUGGAAUGCUCUUGAACAGCUUUCUAAAUCAGACCGCGGUCGUUCAUAUUUGAACAAUCUUUUCAAAUUAGAAGAGAGAUCCUAUCUUCUAAAGCCAGAAGAUGUAUACUUUUUGAAAGAGUUCAUUCGUGAAUCAUUCGAAUCGAUGGCUAUGGUCAAUUAUCCUUAUCCCAGUGACUUCCUCGCCCCACUACCUGGAUGGCCAGUCAAAGUUGCAUGUGGAUUUUUCAACUCUUCCGUACGGAAAAGUGCCGAAGAGCAUGCAUUCGAUAUGUACUCGAUGGUGAAUUUAUACUAUAACUUUACUGGCCAAAAGGAAACUCUCUGCGUUAAUGCGGCCGUUUGUGAUGAUUCUGCAUAUGGCGCACUAGGCGAUCCACUAGGAUGGCCGUGGCAGGCGUGCACUGAAAUGAUAAUGCAGCAGUGUGGAAGUGGACCACCGAAUGAUUUCUUUUGGAAUGAUUGUCCGUUCACAAUGCAAGGUGUGAUCGCUGGAUGUGAGAGUUGGUUCGGCAAAAUUGGAUAUACUAAGCAACUGACGAGACCUGACUGGGCCAUACUUAAUUAUGGUGAUCAUUAUCCAACAGCGACCAAUAUUGUUUUCAGCAAUGGUUACUUGGAUCCUUGGUCGGGUGGUGGUUGGUCUCUGCAACCAAAAACCAGCGGUUCUCUUGUCAGUAUCAUUAUUGAGGAUGGUGCACAUCAUUACGAUCUCCGUGGAUCACAUCCCAAAGAUACAGAUGCGGUCAAAGAAGCACGUAACUUAGAACGUACAUACAUCAGAAAAUGGAUACACGAUGCCGAGAAACGUUUUAGACGUAUGAAUGAACAUCAGCGAUACACUACAAAAUUAUUCGUUGGCAUCUGUUCGGCAAAACAACAUUUUCGACAAGCAGUUGAUCCCAUCACAUUGAUCAGUCGAGCUACACCGCAGGCCGAAACCAGUCAUUAUUCAUGGACGACAGCCUAUUAUGAAGUACCUGUUGAUAAUUUCGCAUACACUUCUGAUCGAACUUACCCAAUGAAGUAUUUGUACAACUUGACCUAUUAUGAGCAGGGAGGACCGAUAUUUUUUUACACAGGCAAUGAGGGCACAAUAGAAGGAUUCGCUGAGAAUACGGGAAUAAUGUGGGAUCUGGCGAAGCAAUUCAAAGCGGCGAUUGUUUUCGCUGAACAUCGUUACUACGGUACAUCGAUGCCAUUUGGCAAUUUAAGCUAUAUGAACGUCACAUAUCUCGGUUAUCUGGCUUCUACACAAGCUCUUGCUGACUACGCGAAGCUAAUUCCAUACCUCAAAGAGUAUGUUAUCCAUUGUCCUCCAGACACUCCGGUGAUCUCUUUCGGUGGAUCCUAUGGAGGGAUGCUAAGUGCCUGGUUUCGAAUGAAAUAUCCUCAUAUUAUUACCGGAGCAUGGGCCUCGUCCGCACCGUUGAUGUACUUCCCGGGUGGCGGCGUUGAUCCGGGUGCUUUUGAACAUAAGGUGAAGGAGGAUUUCUUGAACGCUGGAUGCAACGAAAGAACAAUCACGAAUGGACUUGCCGCGAUAAUGUCACUCUCAAAAACAGGUUUGUUGUCUUUAAAUGAGGAUAUUAUUGGAAGAUAG